UAUCUAGGUUGGUCAUAACUUUCCUUCCAAGGAGUAAGCGUCUUUUAAUUUCAUGGCUGCAGUCACCAUCUGUAGUGAUUUUAGUGACCCUAAUUAAAUCAAUCUCCUCCUUAAUGUGUGUCCCAAGAGGUAAGGCAGAUUGAUUUAAUGGGGUGGGGUGGUGUCAGGAAACCUAAGAUGUUUCAUUGAUUUAAUGAACGUUAGGCGAUUUAAGGACUCGAUUUAACGGCGGGUGGGGUUGGGUGACAGUAUUUGAGGGAGGUGAUUUAAUCAGCAGUGACUCAUGAUUUAGGGGUUGGUUUAAUAUAUAGGAGUCACACAACACAGGGUGUUGACUGAAUCAAUGGGAAUCACCUGACUUAGGACAGGGACUGAUUUAACAAUAGGAAUCAAGUCAUCCAGGGGCUGAUGAAAUCAGCCCGGGCACCCCUCAAGAGGGACAGCACCCUUCCAGGCUGAGCAGCAGGGUGGGUGUACGUCCACCCUAAGGCGUCACGUCUACCCCAAAAGGUGCAUCUCAUCAUUUGAUGUAACAAAAGAGCUACAUCAAGAGUAAAAAAAUCCCUAAACUUUUUACUCUCUUUAUCUGUGAUUCUCAGUUUAGAACUGUGCGGGGCUGGUCAGCAAUUGACUAUCAACUACUACCAGAGGUGGCGUCUGCCUCCAUCUAUUUGAAUGCCAGAAUCCGUGCUCCUGGCUGGCGAGCUCAAUGCCCCAAGCAACUGGUCUGCCCAGAGAAUAUUGGUUGAGUGAAUGAGUGAGUGAAAUGGCUUACCAAAGACUGGAAUUCAAGUCUUAUGGCUUGGAAUUCCUUGACUCCAAGUUCCAUUUUCUGUGUUUAAACAUUGGGUCAGAGGUUGAGAUUUCCACUAUUGAGAAACAACGGAAAGAGCUGCAGCUGCUCAUUGGAGAGUUAAAAGAUCGAGAUAGAGAGCUCAAUGAUAUGGUUGCAGUACAUCAGAGACAACUUCUUUCAUGGGAAGAGGAUCGGCAGAAAGUGUUGACUUUGGAAGAACGUUGCAGCAAAUUAGAAGGUCAGACAUAUCUUCAGCAUCAUCCAUCUAGCGCUGGUGAACUACAUAAAAGAACUGAAAUAAUCAAGUCACUCACAAAGAAGGUAAAAAGCCUUGAAUCGAACCAAAUUGAAUGCCAGAGUACUCUUCAGAAGACUCAGCUACAGCUUCAGGAGAUGGCCCAGAAGGCAACCCAUUCCUCUCUCCUCUCUGAAGACCUUGAGGCUAGAAAUGAAAAUCUCAGCAACACAUUAGUGGAACUUUCUGCUCAAGUGGGACAACUGCAAGCUCGUGAACAGGCUCUCACCACCAUGAUAAAGCUGAAGGACAAAGAUAUUAUUGAGGCAGUCAAUCACAUUGCUGACUGUUCGGGUAAAUUUAAAUUGUUAGAGCACGCCUUACGUGAUGCUAAGAUGGUGGAGACCUGUAUUGUGAAAGAAAAGCAAGAUUAUAAGCAGAAAUUGAAGGCACUUAAGAUUGAAGUCAAUAAAUUAAAAGACGAUCUAAAUGAAAAGACAACAGAAAAUAAUGAACAACGAGAAGAGAUCAUUCGGCUCAAGCAAGAGAAGAGUUACCUGCAUGACGAAUUGGUCUUUACUGCAGAGAGAGAAAAAAGGAAAGAUGAGCUACUUGAUAUCGCAAAGUCAAAGCAAGAACGCAUGAAUGCAGAGCUGCAUAAUCUGAGACAGAUUUACGUAAAACAACAGCGUGAUCUGCAGUUUCUUAAUUUCAAUGUGGAAAAUUCUCAGGAAUUAAUACAGAUAUAUGACUCAAAGAUGGAGGAAUCAAAGGGCAUGGAAUCCAGCAGAGACAUGUGUUUAUCAGACCUUGAAAAUAACCACCUAAAAGUCGAUUUUAAGAGGGAGAAAAAUCAGAAGUCACUGGUUAAGGACCAAAAAUUUGAGACCACGUUGGUUCAGCAAACUAGGUCAGACAAGAGCUCUUGUGAUGUAUGCAAAGAGAAGAAACUACAGGUUAAUACUUCAUUUGGGGGAAAAAGUGUAAUUGCUAUCUCAUCUCUAUUUGCAAAAGACUUAGUGGAGAAACAAAAGUCUUGGUCUUUGGGAGGAAAAAUCCAGAUUGAACCCGAAAACAAAAGUACAUUUUGCAAGAUCCACGCAAAAUCACACAAAGGGAAUGGAAUUGGGAUUCAGAACGAAGAGAAGCAACCCUCAGAAACAUCAACAUCUGUAUCUGAUGAUAAAUGGCAUGACGUCAACGUUUACCUGGGCCUGGCCAGCUGUUCUGAUUCAAAACAGCCAGAAAAGCUGGAUGUCGACUAUCAGGACCAGCUGGAAAGGCCUGGAGUCUCCUGUUGCCACAAAAAUGAAGCCUGUGUGGAUGAAAGCGACAUGUGGGAGUCCAAGAGCUGCCACCCGAGUGACUUCGUAAUCGAAGCGCCGGGCCACAUGUCUGACGUGGAGUGGAUGAGCAUCUUCAAGCCUUCCAAAGUGCAGAGGGUCGUGCGCCACAAAUCUGUGUGCACUUGUUCAGAAAGCGCCAGCGGGACCAAGUACAACUCUUCGACAAGUGAGCUGAUCGCCAUCCAGCAGUCCCACUGUUUGGAUUCUUCAAAAUCUGCCUUAAGAGAGGAUGAGAAGUUGAUAGAGACAGACUCCUCUUCGGCUAAAAAGAACUCAUCUAAGAUUUUGUUAGUCAACAAAGACGCAGCCCUGCCCAGUGAAAAGGAUGAUUUUUCUCCCACGAGUAAGCUUCAGCGUUUGCUGGCAGAAUCCCGUCAGAUGGUCACGGACCUGGAGCUGAGCACCCUGCUUCCCAUCAGCUCUGAGAAUCUCAGCACCAGCAAAAGUAAUAUGGAAGUCUCAGAAGAGUCAGCUGAAAAAAAUAUCCCUCUCGGUAACUGAAGAAAACAAAAGUUAACUUCAGUGUUCAUCGUGAUCAUGGAAGCUGAUUUCUCAUCCAUGUGGAAGGCAGGAAGCAGACAUUCAUACCUAAUACUUAGCCUUGAAAACAAAAAGCGGAUGGUAAUCCUUUGUAAGCAACAUCUAAUACCAAAGGGGAGCUGAAACCGAAAGUUAAUUUUUAAACAUCUAUAUCUUGUUUGUCUUCAGGUUAGCCAUUUUCAUGUGGAAGAAAUAUUUUUCAUGUGUAAGAAAUGAGACCUAAUUGUAUAUUAUAUGUAAUAUGCCAACUUGGAAUUUAUGCUUACAGAGAAAAAGCCUUCUCUAUAAAGACGCUGACUCUGGUUAAAUACUCCAGAAGCUCUAUAAAAGUGUGAACAUCAAAUGGAGAAUCCAUGCAUAAAAAAUGCUGUUUUAGCCAUCUGAUUUUUUAAAACCUGUGCAUACAUUUACAUUAUAGCCAGUAGCUUAUCAGUGUCAGCUCCAAAUAUAUGAGAAAUAGUUUUCCCUUGUAGUUUUAGCCCUGAACUUGGCUGUGUAAAUAGCCAUAAAGUGAUACAAUAUAAAACCUUUUUAACUGCAAACUAUCUCUUGGGUUACUGACAGUCGAGGUCCUUCAGUCCCAAAAGCUGAGCAGAGCUCCCUCUUGUCUGGAUCAGUAGUAGUCCCAUCAACUUAUACAAACCAAAGCUCGCUGGAAGAUCAAGUUUUAUAUGCAUUUUUUUUUUUAAUCCUUGAAGACUGAAACUUCUGUUUUAACCUGUAAAGUAAUUUAAUUUUUUAAAGAAUAUAAUGAUCAGCUUCAGUCAAUAAAAAAUAUUUUUAAUAAUAAAAA